CUCUGAGGAAUUCCUUAAAAUAACAUUUGAGUAUGAAUGAAAUGAACCUUAAAUAUGUGCAUAAAUGGAAUCAGAAUCGAGCUGAAGUUGGAAAAUGUUCUCCUUGUGGCGAGCUGACAUCCAUCCCUGUGUGAAUUCUCCAUAAUCUUUUUAAGCAGAACAUUUUUCCAGCGUAAUUCAAAGGUUUUGCUGGUGGAGCGGCUACAGACCCUGACAGCAGAGCGGCGCUGCUCUGCAGGUGGUGAGCAGACAGGCUGGAUGCUGCCGAGCAGGUGGUCCAGCUCACAUCCUGCCUGCUUCCAUCUCUGCCUUUUCAUCACUUUAAAGCCAGAAGCACACAAGUCCUGCAGAGUUGGCAACUCUUAUGAUAUAACUCUGACGAAAAUCUUUUACUAACCUUGCUGAUUUACCUUUUUCUCAUGUUCAGACGCUACAUGAAGCCUAAUAAAUUUCCGGAAAAUAGUGGUGGACUAAAUAUCCAGCUUAGAGGGACACACAUCUGCCAAAUGUCAUGACUGUAGACUUCCCCCAAAACCUGAAGCUAAUCCUCUUAGCGGCACACAGCCGCCCCAUCGGACCUGCUGCAUUCCUGUUUGUUUGUGUCCCUGUGACUUCCCUCAGGGCCACACUCAGUCACAUUCUCUAUGUUUAUCCCAGACCUCUUGCUGGUUCUGUUCUGGUUCUGGUUGUCGGGAUGCGACUGAAUGUUUUCAUCAUAUCACAGGAUUCUGUGUGUGGAUGUCAGGCCUUGUUGUAGAUGACUGCAGCAGGUUAAACAGGCUUUACUGUCUGUAGUCCGGUCUGAUCUGGGUCUCAGUGCCAUCUGCUCACAGCUCUGGGAAAGGAUCUGGGUUUUCCUCUGUCACAGUCACCAACACUGUCCUCUGCUUUUGUCUUCCUCUUGUAAACUUUUAACACUUUCCUUAAGUUUCUUCCUUUGUUUUACCUUCUAUGUUUGAUUAAUCUCUACUGAACUCUUGAUUCAUCUGUUUUCCCCAUAUUUGCAGCUUUGUUGGAAAUUAUGAUUAAAUUAAAAAUGAUGACCUAUGACUAUUAAAUAGACAACUGUUUAAUAGCCCAUUUAGUAGGCUUUUUAUCGGUCCAAAGGUGAAUCCUGUUUCACCCUUCACCCUCGACCUUUAGCUGUUUCUAUAAGGUACAUUGUCCCAGUUGUUUCUGUGUUGUGUAGUGGAGCCAAGCUACCAGACAACUCAAAAAUAGAAAUACUUUAAGUUUACAUUAUUUAUGACACCAAACCCACUACAGUAAUAAUAGUAGCAGAGAUCAAAUGUCCUAAUUUAAAAUAUUUUAAAAUGAAACCCCCUAUUAGGUAAUAUUGAUUCAUAGAGAUGGACCAAUAUGAAUACUUGGGACGAUAUUUGACAAUAUUAAUAUUUAUAAUCUACCUUUUCAACAUCAUGAAACAACAAAAUAAACAUUGUUAGUUUAUAUUGGCCUAGUUUUACCUUACAGAGCAAUACUGCUAUGUUAAAAAAAUGACUAACAAAGACUGAUGUCAUAAUGACGUAUUGAACAUCCCUAUUUAAUAAAUUGAUUUUAAUUCUUGUUGACCAUCAAAAACAGAAAAAAUGUCAUAUUUCUGUAUACGGUAAAUAUUUUUAUUUUUAUAUUUAGAAGAACAUACCUGAUAUAAUGAGAAUGUUUGGAGAUUAGUAAACCUGUUUUGAAAUGGUUGUGCAUUAUAAUGUAUUUUUCUUGGUAUAUUGUAGACCUGGACAAUAUAAUAUCAGAGUUGCAAAAGGCGUCUUGGGUCCAAAAUAUUAUGGGAUUUAUUUGCCUGACUGUUACACUAGCUUAUUAAAGCUGUCUUUGGCCAGUUGGAUGGACUCUUCACUGGCCACACCUGAGUGGUGUAUCUUUAAUGUUUAAUAUGUCAAAAUAUGUAUAAUAUAAUCAACAUCAACAGUUUUCAGCAACAGUCUUGCAUUUAAAUAUUUUCUUGAUCUUGUGCAGCUAUACUAUAUUGGCAAUAUUGUACUGAAAAACUAAAUACCUGUGCAUUAUAUUUAUUUCUCUUUAGGGCACAUUUGGUCCUCUAUAUUUGUUCUUCCCUAACAAGCUUUAAAAGUAAUGUAGAUAAAUGUAGAUGUCUCAGUCCUCAGUGGAGUUUUUACCCUCUCCUAAAUUAGGUGCCAAGAGGGGAAGUGAAAACCCUCGGAAACGAGGAGCAGUUGGGGUUAUUCAGGCUAAUCAACUCCUGAAUUUAAAUAUUUUUCCAAUUAAUGUGUUUUUAAUGACAUGAUAAGAACUGAAUAGUCUAGCUUGUAUUGUUCUUAGAUAUUACACUUCUAAUUGUAUAACCCCGACCCAUUUCAAAAUAUUUUACUAUCAGAAUAUUUUAAACAUGUAUCUUUAUAUAUUAUAUUAUUAUAUCUAUUUAAAAUAGAAGAAAUCCAUAAACACUAGUGUCGUAUCAGCUUCCUGGAAGACUCCCUUUCCACUUGCUCAGUAGAAUAUUGUACCCACUACCUGCAUAAAGUGACUGGUUAACCAUAGAAAAUGGGAUUCAGCCUAACUGCUGUGGUCAGGUCCUAAUGAUUUAAAAAUGCAAAAAGGAACUAUUAAUUGUUUUGUUUUAUUUGCUGAUUACCUAAAAUGUGUCAUUCCUUCAAAAUUCUGACAACUUGCCUUUUUAUCAUUAUAUGAGCAAUAGCUGAAAAUUACAACAUCUUCCUCCUACAUGUGUAAGAUGUCAGAUUGCUACUCCUUUUAGUUUGGUUGCUUUUCCAAGGUUCUCGGGUUGUAAACAGAUAAGCAUCCUGCUUAGCGUUUUAUUAGUUUGAUGCUGUGAUGAGAGCUGCUGAGCAGACUGGGAGCAGGUUAUUGAUGGGAGCUCUGAGUGGUCGAACAACAUGGCCUCUCCGCUGCAGCUGCUGUAAAAUCCACAUCCUGGGACUGGAGUGGAGCGCCCCCACAUCAUCGGCACGUCACUGUCAGCAUGGCCGACUGUUUGUGUGUGAAUAAAUCAUGAUAUUGGUCCUUUGAAAGCAUUGAUCCAAGAAUAGCCUGUAUGAAAUAUUAACAGCCCGCUGACUCCUAAUGCUCACUGCAGGUUUUUGGGGUUUUCAUACAUGCUUAAUGUGCAUAAGAAAACAAAAACAUAUCAUUUUAGCGCAUAUUUUGUUCAAACUGUAGCGUACCUGGCGACCUUCCAAUUGCAGUAAUGUAGACACUAAUGCGUAAGGCUCUCCAUCUUGCAUCCAGCAUCAUCUCUGCUGACAUCAGUUUGGCUCCGCCCACCAGAUUUUGCACCAAUGGAGGCCAAAUGGCCAGUCAGACGCUGAAUCAUUAAUGAGCCUUUUCCACAUGGCGUUUGAGGAGAAACGACUCAGUACGUCUGAGCAUUAAAAAAUGAAAAGCAGAGCGGCAGUCUGGGAGGCGACAAUGCGUCUGGCUCGGAGAUAUUGUGGACAGUUUGCUCAAGCAGCCUGUUCUGCUCUUGUUGUUAAAACUGCUAAAGCUGAACGGCGUUUUGUGGUAAGAUUUCUUGUUGGGUACCAUCAGAACUGAUGUUUUGUGUGGUCCAGAAGAACUGAUUGCAGCGCUCAGGCAUGGGUAUCUGCGCCACGUUCUCUUAUCUCAGCUGGCUGUGCACAUAUUUUAUCUUUUGCUUUCAAGGAACAGGAUCUGGCUGCAAGGCAGGCUGUGGACUUCUGCUGAGGGGGGAGGAGAGAAGAAAGUUAGGAUUUAAUUAGCUUGUUACUAUGCAUAGCAGCCUGUUUGAUAUGCCGUCUCGCUCUCUACUGUAUUCAAUGCCUCAUGUCACAAGACGGUUUGAAUCUCGGUGUUUGAUAUGAAACGAGACUUUGGAGAUGAUGUUUGUGCUGGAGAACAGCUUCAGCGUGCGUGUCAGCUGUGAAGCUUCUGGUCAUUAAUUAAAUGACGAGUGUCCAGAUGAUUGCUUCAGGUUGAUCUCUGAUGGAGUCACAGUGUCCCGCAGCGCGCUUCUCGCUCCACACAUACUCAACUUCUGAUCCGUUUGUUCCCAUCAGGCCACAGAGAACGAGCCAGGUGACAUGGACCUGAGCGGCCUGCCUGAGACCGCAGUGGACUCCGAGGAGGACGAUGACGAGGAGGACAUCGAGCGAGCCUCCGACCCCCUGAUGAGCCGGGACAUCGUCCGGGACUGCCUGGAGAAGGACCCUAUGGACCGGACGGAUGAUGACAUAGAGCAAUUACUGGAGUUCAUGCAUCAACUGCCAGCGUUCGCUAACAUGACCAUGUCGGUGAGGAGGGAGCUCUGCGCAGUCAUGGUGUUCGCCGUGGUGGAACGAGCCGGCACCAUCGUUCUCAAUGAUGGAGAAGAGUUGGACUCAUGGUCGGUGAUCCUGAACGGCUCAGUGGAGGUGACCUACCCCGACAGUCGGACAGAGAUGCUGUGCAUGGGGAACAGCUUCGGUGUGUCUCCAACCAUGGAGAAGGAAUUUAUGAAAGGCAUCAUGAGGACCAAGGUGGACGACUGCCAGUUUGUAUGCAUAGCCCAGCAGGACUACUGCUGCAUCCUCAACCAGGUGGAGAAGAACAUGCAGAAGGUUGAGGAGGAAGGAGAAAUCGUCAUGGUGAAGGAACACCGUGAACUGGAUCGUACCGGCACCAGGAAAGGACAUAUUGUCAUCAAGGGCACGCCUGAGCGUCUCACCAUGCACCUGGUGGAGGAGCACUCGGUGGUGGAUCCUACCUACAUCGAGGACUUCCUGUUGACCUACAGGACCUUCCUCUCCAGCCCCAUGGUCGUGGGAAAGAAGCUCCUGGAAUGGUUUCACGACCCAAGUCUCAGGGACAAGGUUACACGGGUAGUCUUGCUGUGGGUAAACAAUCACUUUAAUGACUUCGAGGGAGACCCUGCCAUGACUCACUUUCUGGAGGAGUUUGAGAGCAAUCUGGAGAAGGAGAAAAUGUGCGGGCACCUCAGACUGUUAAACAUAGCGUGUGCUGCUAAAGCCAAGCCACGGCUGGUGACGCUGACCAAGCCGUCCAGAGACUCUCCUCUGGCCUUCACCCUCCUCGGAGGUCAAGAGAAAGGUUUCUGCAUCUUCAUUGAUACCGUGGAGCCAGGGAGCAAGGCAGCAGAGGCCGGACUCAAGCGUGGAGAUCAGAUCUUGGAGGUAAAUGGACAGAAUUUUGAGACUGUCCAGUUCAGCAAAGCCAAUGAGAUUUUAAAGAACAACACCCACUUAUCCAUAACUGUGAAAACAAAUCUUUUAGUGUUUAAGGAGCUGCUAACACGGCCAGAACAUGAGCAUGAGUUGGACGGGGACGAGGAACAUGACAGGAAGAACGGUGCGCCUCAUCUACCAAAAAUCGGGGACAUUAAGAAGGGGAGCCGUUACUCCAUACCGGACCUGGCGGUGGACGUGGAACAGGUCAUGGGGUUGGAGAAGGCCAGCAAAAAGGCCAAGAGCAACACAGUGGGAGGCCGCAACAAGCUGAAAAAAAUCUUUGAUAAGACACUCACCAGCAUCCUGCCCCCCAAACCGUACAACGACGUUUGUGUAGGCCAAUCACAGGAUGACAGUAUAGUGGGGAUGAAGCCAUCCAAGCAGAUCCCAGCAGCUCUGCCGGUCAGUGGGAACCUGUCGUCGUCGAACCCGGACCUCCUGCAGUCACACCACCGCAUUCUCGACUUCAACAACCAGCCUGUAACAGUCAUCCAGAAUAUGUCAGACCAAGUGCUACGAGUAUUCAAGGCGGACCAGCAGUCUCGGUAUAUCAUGAUUGGGAAGGACACAACGGCUAAAGAGGUGGUGGCCCAGGCUAUCAGGGAGUUUGCUCUGACUGCAACGCCAGAGGCUUAUUCACUAUGUGAAGUGUCUGUCACACCGGAGGGCGUCAUUAAGCAGAGGCGCUUACCAGACCAGCUUUCCAAACUAGCUGACAGGAUUCAGCUAAGUGGCAGAUACUACUUGAAGAGCAAUAUGGAGACGGAGACAUUGUGCUCUGAUGAAGACGCGCAGGACCUCCUACGAGAAGGCCAGAUCGCUCUGCUGCAGCUCAGCACGGUGGAGGUGGCCACCCAGCUCUCCAUGAGAGCCUUUGAACUUUUCUGUGCCAUCGAGCCCACCGAAUACAUCGACGACCUGUUCAAGCUGCGCUCCAAGACAGGCUCGGUCAGCCUCAAGCGCUUCGAGGAGUCCAUCAACCAUGAGACCUUCUGGGUGGCAACCGAGGUGGUACGGGAACCCAACCAGCUCAAGCGCAUGAAGAUCAUAAAGCAUUUCAUCAAGAUUGCUCUACAUUGUCGAGAGUGCAAGAACUUCAACUCCAUGUUUGCCAUCAUCAGUGGCUUGAACUUGGCUCCAGUUUCCAGACUGAGGGGAACAUGGGAAAAAUUGCCAAGCAAAUAUGAGAAAUUGUUUGGGGACUUGCAGGAUCUCUUUGACCCCUCUAGAAAUAUGGCCAAGUACAGGAAUGUUCUCAACAAUCAGAACCUUCAGCCACCAAUCAUUCCCCUGUUCCCAGUUAUCAAGAAGGACCUCACAUUCCUACAUGAAGGCAAUGACUCCAAAGUGGACGGUUUGGUGAACUUUGAGAAGCUUAGGAUGAUUGCCAAAGAAAUCCGUCACGUGGGCCGGAUGGCGUCGGUCAACAUGGACCCUGCUCUUAUGUUCCGGACCAGGAAGAAGAAAUGGAGAAGUUUAGGCUCUUUAAGUCAGGGCAGCGCCAAUGCAGCCGUGCUCGACGUCAGCCAGACAGGUGGCCACAAGAAGCGGGUUCGACGCAGCUCCUUCCUCAACGCCAAAAAGCUCUAUGAAGACGCCCAGAUGGCCAGGAAGGUCAAGCAGUAUCUGUCCAACCUAAGUCUGGAAACCAACGAGGAGAGCCUUCAGACAUUUUCACUACAGUGUGAACCCUCAAUCAGCACAUUACCCAAGAAUGCUGGUGGGAAGCGACCUGACACUUCCCCGGUCGUGCCCAGAGCAGCCAGUCAGCAGCGGGGCCAGUUAGCCAAAGGAAACCAGGUCCUGCAAGUUCCCUCUGUGGCACUCUACCCAUCCCGGAAAAGAGUGCCAGUCAAGGAUCUACCACCGUUUGGCACCAGUUCGCCCCAGUCCCUGAAGAAGAUCCUGUCUCUGUCUGAGGAGGGGAACGAAAGGCACCGGAGGCAGCCAGAGGACACCAUGUCCAACGCUUCCUCCCAGCUCUCCUCUCCGCCCACCUCCCCCCAGAGCUCACCAAAGAAGGGUUACGGCAGGUCAGGCGACGCUUACUCGGACUCUGGCCACAGCGAGAUCUCGUCCCGCUCCAGCCUGGUCAGUAACUCGUCCUUCGACAUGGCGCAGGAGGAGCGGAGACUCCGUCACUCUGGAGGAGCUGGCGAAUCCCACAUGGGGGGGCCUCGGCUGGAGAGAAGAGCCACGACCGACCCUGAUCAGUACAGUCUGGGGUCCUAUUCUUCAAUGCAGGACUGUCGGGGUAUUUACGCCGGCUGCUCCACUGUCCUCUCCUCGCCCAGCUCAGAGGAACUGACUCAGGAUCAGGGAGAUCGCGUGUCUCUGGAUGCUGCAGACAGUGGCCGCGGCUCCUGGACUUCCUGUUCCUCUGGCUCCCAUGACAAUAUUCAGAACAUGCAGCAGGGCCGAAGCUGGGAGCUCGGCAUCGGAGGGCUGUCUUCGGCAUCAGAGGCGCUGCUAGGGGGUCCGGCGGCGCUGUGGGCGGCGCAGGCCAGGGGCAGCUGGGCAUCGGCCAGCUCCUCCUCAUCCUCAGCCGCCUACUGGGGAGAAGAAUCAGAAGGAGACACAGGGACGAUCAAGAGGAGAGGAGGAAAGGACGUAAAUGCAGACGCAGAGACAAGUAGCAUCACAUCCACCGGGUCGGAGGAGGCCAAGCAGCUCGGCCGGCCGUCUCCAUCACCCAUCACAGCUGGGGGUAAAGCCUUUCUUUCUCGAAAAGAGGGCCGAUACCGGGAGCCCCCUCCGACUCCGCCCGGCUACACCGCCCUGACCCUCUCAGACCUCGCCGAGGGUCAGCACCCGCCCCCGCCCGUACCCACGACGACGGUAACCCACUCGAGUCGCCGGCCGCCAGACUACACCACGGCUCUACAGCGCUCACGGAUGGUGACCCAGUCGCCCGACUCCCACCAGGCCCACCAGGCCGCCAAACACCGGGGAGGCAGCCUCCACCGCACCCGCUCCCCCGCAGACGAGCAAGAACCCGACGACGAAGAGGAGGAGGACGAGCAGGUGUCUGCAGUCUGAGGGGCAACAGUGGACGUUGAUUUGUAGGAACUUGAAGUCCCCUGUGCCCCCCUGCCCCUUCAGAUGGGCUGGAUUAAAGAGACAGACAUACAGACUCGUCAACUCGCUACGUACGUGCCUGCCUCCUCCAGUCGGUGGAUUCUUCGCUCCUCGUCUCCCUCCCCUGCCUUAAAGCAUCAUGGGGGGUUUGAUGACCCUGCAUGCAAAAAAUACUGUGAAGAAGAGACGGAGAGAAGGUCAAAGACAAUGACAAAAUGCCUGGCACUUUGGACAAAUAAAAUACUUUAAAAAAAAAACAACUGAGAGACAGAAAACAGCCACCUGUUGACGCAGCAGAAUCAUGACGUGUCGGGUUUCAUCUGCACUUUCUCGUUUUCUCUUUUGAAAAGGAAAACCUGAACAAUUAAAGAACAUCAAAACAAGACUGUUUAUGAAAGACAGAGAGAAACAGUGAACGAUUUCAUCAUCUUCCCUCUGGAUUUCUUCCCAUUUCUGAUUAUUUUUUCUUUAAAUGAUUGCACUCGAGGGCUGAAAACAGAAACCUGGACUGAAUCAACCCGUCUGUUGUUGGAGUGUUUGAACUUUAAAUCCAGUAUUAUCUCUUGUUCACGUGUGAACGCGUGUCACUUGUUGGUUUAAAUUAAAAAUUGAAGCUAGGAGGCGACUUGGUCUGGAGAACCAUCAUGCAGUAUACUGACAUGCAACACGUUGUACCUACCAGAUACUCUUAAUUCUUGCACUUUGAGCACAAUCGUAAUGUUUGGUUUGAUUUCCAGGGUAUGAGCGAAGCAUUCAUGUCGCAGCUCGUCUCCUCUGUGUUGCAACACAACACAGUUUUGACCUUUGGGAGAUAAUAGAAAAGCACACUCACUCAAAAUCAUGUAUGACGUCUCCCUACAAUUAAACUAAAACCAGGAAUUUAUGAUUAAAACGUAAAUAUCUUUCCAUUUUUUUGUCUUGGUAAUGAGAGAUCAUGUGGUGCACAUUUCAGGAGGCAUUAUCAGGUAAAGUUGAAAGAAUAUUUAAAAAUAAAAGCAUCCACUGAUUCAGAUUUGGCCGUUUUCCAACCUGAACACGCAUCCUGUGAAAGUCCGAGCGCCUUACAUUGCCAUGGUUGCAGACAUGUCUUUACACGGUCGUUCACAAUGCAAAUCAAACUGUUCUGGGAUGAAACGCCUUAUUUCUGAUGCUCCUUUUUUUAAAACGAACAACCAGACUAAAAAGUUAGAGUUUUGUGUUGUUUUUUGUUUAUUUUCUGGACGGUUUGUGGCUUCGGCCCACCGUGUGUUACCGUGUCGUAGAGGAUGUGUUUCCAUCUCUGCUGUCCUUCUAGAUUCAUCCUCAGAAAUACUUCCUGUCUGUUACAAACAGCCUCUGUAUAUCAAAGUUUCCUCCAUAUCUGGCCGUCAGUGGAAGUGACUCAAGAUUUACAUUUGUUUAGUUUUUAUCUUUGACUCCGGUGAAGAAGGCGACAUAUGAAGUAUAAUUAUCAUGAUUUUUCUUUCAAAGCUGCCAAUCGCCACACUUCGAAUAUUGUGAAAAGAAAAUGAACGUUUUGUUUCCUUCUAUCACAGCAUCACACUGAUCACAUUGAUCAGUCCUGGAAGCUACAGACUGAGUAAAACCAUGAACGACUGCAGUGUUUUCCACUGUGUUCUGUGACUACACAUUAAAUGAUUUCUUCUUUUUGUAACGGCUGCAGAUUGAUUGUUAAUCAUUUGUUUGUAACACAGUUGUGCAUCAUUUACUUUCAUUCAACUCUGAAGAUAAUGUGCAUAUUAGCGGGUCGAGUCGUAAUUUGAUAAACAAAAAGUUGCACAAAAAUUGUACAAGCAUAAAGAUAAGUGUAGUAGGUAGAACUGCUACUGCGUUCGGUGUGUGGUGUCAGUGAGGUGUGUACAUUUAGCUGGUGACGAACUUCUUUUCUUCAUUCUUUCUUGUACUACUUUAACCUGUAUGUCUUUUAAAAAGACAAUUGGUGGAGUACGUAUCAGUUGUUUUUGUAUUUUUAAUACAAUAAUUGUAAAUAUUGGUUAUAUUUUUGUUCAAAUGUAAAAUGUUUAUGCCUCAACAUCCAGUUUAUAUGAAGCUGGGAAUCAAUAAAUACUGCAUAAAGACCCA